AGUGGGCGGAGUUUGGAGGCUGUGUGCGGUCCGACCGCACACAGGGCCCGUGAACAGCCCUCGAUAAAUGGUGGUUUCUGAGCCUGGCCGCAAACUUGGCUAUCUCAACUCAAAACUAAUGUUAAGGUGGGAUGGUCCCUUUAAGCUACGUUUUGAGCAUUUACUGGUUUGCAACACAAUCGUCACACGCUUAAUUUUGGUGGACUUCGUUUUGAAUGUGCUGUUGGGGUAAUACGCCCACUUUGGUGUGGGACAAAACGCCCAUCAUGGGCGUUUUACCCCUAAUGGGAGUUAUACAGUACGGGUAUUUGCGAACAUUUUUGGCUGAAACUGUAGACCAACUUAAGUUUUGUAAGAUGGCUUCAAAGAAGAAAGAAGGCUCAAAUGCAGCCUUAACAGGCCUCUAUGCUGAACUUAACACCUUGGGACAAGCAGAUGAAUAUGAGAAGAUUAUCAAAAUCUCCAAUAAAAUCCUCUCAAUGGACAAGACUGCUCUGAAGGCUCUGCAAUAUAAGAUCAUCAGUCUAAUCAACCUGGGCAGAUUUGAUGAAGCUCUGAAACAGAUGAGCAACAGCGCCAAACUUGCAAGCUCCCUGCACUUUGAGAAGGCCUACUGCCUGUACCGCCUGAACCAGAACCAGGAGGCCCUGGAGGCCAUCAGCCAGGCGCCCGAGCAGACACUCCAGCUUAAGGAGCUCAAGGCGCAGCUCUUCUACAAACUGGACAGGUUCCAGGAGUCGCACCAGACCUACCGCGAGGUCAUCAAAAACACGGACGACGACUUUAACGACGAGCGAAUGGCCAACCUGGCCGCCGUGCUGGCGCAGCUGGGCAUGACCAACCAGCCGGUGCCGGACGCCAGUGACCUGGGCGACUCCACAUACGAGCUGGUGUACAACGCGGCGUGCCGUCUGCUGGCGGCCGGCCGGUACCAGGCGGCCGAGCGGCAGCUGGCGCGCGCUGCCGACCUCUGCCGGCACACGCUGCGCGAGGACGGCGCCGACGACGACGAGGUGGACCAGGAGACGGCCGUCAUCGACGUGCAGCGCGCCUACUGCCUGCAGCGGCUCGGCCGGCCCGCCGACGCCGCCCUCCUCUACCACGAGACGCUCAAGAAGCGGCCGUCCGACGGCGCCGUGCUCGCCGUGGCCGCCAACAACAUCGUCUGCAUCAACGGCGACCAGAACGUGUUCGACUCCAAGAAGCGGAUGCGGGCGGUGACGGCCGAGGGCGCCGAGGCCAAGCUGGCCGGCCACCAGCGCCGGGUGAUGGCCGUCAACCAGUGUCUGUUCAGCCUGCUCACCCACCAGGGCGAGGCGCUGCAGAAGCAGCUCUCCCAGCUCACCGAGCGCUACCCGCAGGAGGCAGUGACGGCCGCGCUGAUCCGCGCCUCGGCCGCCGCCCGCAAGAGCCCGGACGAGGCGGCGCGCCUGCUGUCCGAGCUGCGCACCGACUCGCCGCAGCAGCAGCUGCUCGUGCAGCUGGCGCAGGUGCAGCUGCUGGUGGGCCGCGGCCAGCUGCUGGAGGCCAGCCGGCAGCUGGGCGCGCUCGGCGACCUCAGCCGCCGGCCGGGCGUCGUGUCGACGCGCGUGGCGCUGUGCGUGCGCGCCGGUAGCCAGGAGGCGGCCGCCCAGCUGCUCCAGGAGGCGGUCAGGCAGCAGGCGCAGGCCGGCGCGCGCGGCGACGCCAGCCAGCUGUGGCGCCAGUCGGCCGACUUCAGUCUGCGCUGCGGCGACCCGCGCGCCGCCGCCGCCAGCCUGGAGGAGCUGCGCCGCGCCCAGCCGGGCGACGUGCGCACCGUGGCGCAGCUGGUGACCGCCUACAGUCAGUUCGACCCGGCGGCGGCGCGGCGCGUCUCUGCCGAACUGCCCCCGCCGCAGCUCGGCACCGGCCUGGACGUGGACGCCCUGGAGAGCACCUCGUGGUCGGCGGGCGGCCGGCCGCGCCGCAAGGACGGCCUGCCCAGUCCCGGAUCACCCAGCUCGCCGGAUACGCCCGGUGACGCGCUGAUCCAGAGCCAGAACAAGAAGCGCAAGAAGAAGAAGCCCAAGCUGCCCAAGAACUACAACCCCAAGGUGAAGCCGGACCCGGAGCGUUGGCUGCCGCGCCGCGAGCGAUCCACCUUCAAACAGCGCAAGAGGCGGCGCAACGAGCCCAUGAAGGGCACCCAGGGCGGCCCGUCGGCGCAGAGCGACCUCUACGACAUCACCAAGACGGCGGUACAGCAGAAGGCGGCGCCCCUGCCCGACCAGACGGCCGGACCCCGCCAGAUGGCCCGAAACGCCCAGAAGAAGAAGAAGCAGAACAAGAAAAAGUGGUGAGCGCAACGCCGUCGCCGCACUGGAAAAUGGUCGGUUAUCUGUCCUUCCUCUAUAUUCUAUGGAUUACAUUAUGGUGGAAAUGA